GGGAGCUCUAGCGGUUCUGUUCUGGACUGGAUUGAGCUGCUGCACACAUACUCUCUGUGUGACUUAAAAAAUGUGGAGGAACAUUGGGAGCGCACCAUCGUAUUCCAAAGCCUUGUCAUCUUUUAAGGAAAGACUGAGAAGAUGUUUUGUGGAUAUCUGCCAUCGCCUCCAGUGAGUCUCCAGUGGAAGCCGGCUCCCCAACAAAUCAACACGUCUCACUCUUGGCCCACGAUGUGAGUGUCGCCCGACGGGUCUCAGCGACAACAGGAUUUAAACCAUGGCCAUCAGCCAAGCCCUGCGAACUGGUCCGAUCGGCAUCUAGAGCCGCCCACCGCAAGAGAGAGACCUCUGGGUGAGCGAGAGCGGGAGUCCAAACGUUCCUACUCUUUAACAUGAGAGCAGCCAGCAGCCCUGCCUGUCUGUCCCCUCUGCUGCUGUGCCUGUGUGUGCUCCAGAGGAGCUAUGGGACCCCUUCACCGCCCAGCCCCACGUUCACCCACAACCAGACCAAACUGCCUGACGGUGACAAGGACUCUCAUCACCGGCCCAAGCGAGGCUGGAUCUGGAAUCAGUUCUUCGUUUUGGAAGAGCACAUUGGGCCGGAUGCCCAGUAUGUGGGGAAGUUACACUCAAACUCAGACAAAGGUGAUGGCUCCGUUCAAUAUCUACUCUCUGGAGAAGGUGCCGGUACCAUAUUCACAAUCAAUGAGUUAACGGGAGAUAUUCAUGCAAAGAAAAGCCUGGACAGAGAAAAGAAGAGCCAUUAUGUCCUCCACGCUCGGGCUGUCGACCGUUUCACCAACAGAGCUGUGGAACCUGAGUCCGAAUUCAUCAUCAAGGUCCAGGAUGUGAACGACAACGCCCCUAAAUUCCCAGAUGGCCCCUUUUCAGCCUCCGUGCCUGAGAUGGCAGACAUCGGAACGUCGGUAUUCCAGAUCACUGCCACAGAUGCCGAUGAUCCCACCUACGGAAACAGCGCCAAGAUCGUCUACAGCAUUCUCCAAGGGCAGCCUUUCUUCGCCGUCGACCCCAAAACUGGUGUCAUCAGGACAGCUUUGCCGAACAUGGACAGAGAAACUAGAGAGAUGUACUCUGUCAUCAUCCAAGCCAAAGACAUGGCCGGCUCUGUCGGGGGUCUGUCCGGAUCCACGACAGUCAACAUCUCACUGACCGACGUCAAUGACAAUCCACCGCGAUUCCCUCAAAAAAACUAUCAGCUGUACGUGCCAGAAUCUGCUCAGGUAGGGAAAGCAGUUGGUAAAAUCAAAGCGAACGAUGAAGAUCUUGGCGUAAAUGCUGAGAUGACAUACAGAAUUACCAAUGAGGAAGGAGCUGCCAUGUUUUCCAUUUCUACAGACAGUGACAAGAGAGAAGGAGUCAUCUCGCUCAGAAAGCCUCUGGACUACGAGAAGAAGAAGGCUUACUCUUUGAAUAUAGAAGGUGUCAACACCCAUCUGGAUCCUCGUUUUUCUUACCUGGGUCCUUUCAAAGACACCACCACGCUCAAGCUUAUCAUUGGGGAUGUUGAUGAAGCUCCAGUGUUUACAAUGGACUACUAUAUCAUGGAUGUGUAUGAAAAUGCUCCAACUGGGACAGAGGUUGGCAUGGUAACUGCUCAAGACCCGGACAGCACAAGAAGCAAAGUCAGGUAUUCCAUCGAGCAAAUUGCAGAUGGUGAUGCACUUUUUACCAUCGAUGUUGACAGUGGACUCAUUACAACCACCAAGAGUCUAGACCGAGAGGAGGUAGCCUGGCACAACAUCACAGUGAUGGCUGCAGAGAUUGACAAUCCAAAUCUGGUGAGCUAUGUACCAGUCACAGUCCAGGUCUUGGAUGUCAAUGACAAUGCCCCCUAUAUUGCCACAGACAGCGCUCUGGUUUUGUGUGAAGGCUCCAAAGCAGGCCAGGUCAUUCAAAUCAUCAGGGCCACAGACAAGGACAACUUUGCCAAUGGUCGAUUUACUUUCGCUUUACCAGAAGACCUUCCAGUGAAUCCAAACUUCACUCUGAAGGACAAUGAAGUGACUCAAGCACCCCUACCAGGCAUCAUCCCUGCUGAGCCCCUCCUGGCUUUAACCCCACUUAAUUACCAGAUUGGGCUACAGACACCCAUACUGUACCCCAGAUUCCCUGCGUCAAACACCAUUGUUCCCUAA